AUGCCCGGUGUUGCUCAUGUGAAGCGAUGUGACCAGUGUCGCCAGUCCAAGAAGAAGUGUGACCAAGUUGAACCCGUCUGUGGAAGAUGUGAGCGUCUCGGCCUCCGCUGCGGCGGUGCCGUAGUGAACCGCUUCAAAUUCAUCCCUGAAAAGUUUGAACGCAAUCCCAACGCACUCGUUCCUCGAAACAAUCGUGAAAAGUGCGAAAAGAUGAAGACCGGGCUCAUCAUUGCCCAGACCCCGCCGAGCGAGUCGAUGAAAGUGGCUACAAAGUUCAUCUCAGUCCUCGAGAGUCCCACCAUCUCGUACGACCUCAACUUGCUAGGGAAUUUCUUCAAGACCCUCCCACAGCGAUUGGAUUCGAGCCCGGCUUUGAGGACCUCGGUGGGUGCGCUGACCGACAUGUAUCGCUCCACGCGAGGUCAGGGAGACUCGACACUGGCUCUCAGGCAUCAGGGGAUAGCAAUGCAGGAUAUACGCGCGGCUUUGCAGAAUCCCGCAGAAGCGCAUACGCCUAAUACGGUAUUAGCAAUCUACGUCGUCAUGAUGUCUCAGUAUUUGCUCUACGAGAUCGACCUUCCGAGUGUGCCACAUCUACAAGUAAUAGCAUACCUCCUCGAUGACGCUAUGAAGAAGGGUUGGAUAAAAGACUUUGAUAAGGAUAUGCUGCUAUGCUUUUACUUUGGAAUUAUGUGGGAGGCCAUGGCAAACCAUGAAAUGACGCUUGACCCCCAAUUUCUCGAAUCCCUUGCCCCCUAUAUCACCCCGAUCCCAGAAGGCGCCACUGAACAAGACCUGGAUCGAUCCCCUGGUAUAUACUCGCUAGGCCGGAUGCCUAGGUGGCUCAGCAACCCUAUACUGUACCACAAGCAGAUAUCUGAAGCUUACGAUAUGUACUAUGCCCUUCUACCAACCCUCCGAAAGGCACUAUCCACGACACGCGCCGCCAGAGAGGCCCCAAACGCUCCCUUCGAAGCACGAAAGGCCCUCUCCAGGGUUCUAGUCCAGCACAGCAUGAUGACCGUCGUAUGCGCCCUGCUGAACAAGGCCGCUCGCAGGGUCGACGACCGCGAUGGGAAACUCCUCCCCCACAUGACGGACUUUUGCAACGACGUAAUAAUGAUGGCAAAACUCUCGGUCGAGUUCAAGCCGAUUGCCUCGGCCACCAUGCCCGAGACAAUCAUCGACGUCUGGGGUGUCAUGGACCCCGGACCAGAAAAGGAUAGUCUUGAGGCGGCUCUAUGGGAGUAUUGCGGUCAGACCACGCCGAAGUGGUUGGCCAGAGCGGAGAAGCUGGCGUGGUGCAUGGAAGAGCAAUAUCUAUUGAGCUUGGAGGUGGCGAAAUUGAAGAUUUAA